UUUUUCACUCAUGCGGCAUGUCGGUUUGGACCAAUCAGAGCGGACCUUGGUUUCCGCUCAGCCAAUAGGAGGCGAGGAUCCUCAGCGUCAGAGGGUGUUAUUCCUCAAGAGGAAGCGUCACCGAGCAACAUAAGAAAGUUUUAAAAGAGAAUGGCAGACAAGACUGUGGAUGGAGGGCCAUGGACGGGAUGUGCUGUCAUGUUUCUGCAGUCACUCUCUCCGGGCGUCGACCUGCUUUCUCUGUACAAAAACCAACAGGGAAAGUUUGUUGUUUUCAAAGUCAUCAAGCUGACUCUUACAGAUUCUGCAGGUGGUCUGGGUGGCUAUGAGAUCCUAAAGGUACACGAUGCUGAGCCCUUCCUGGGAGUGGAGGUGAAAUUUGUGGAUGUGGCAGCAUGUCAGCAGUUCUUGGAGAACUAUAGCUCUGGAGCAGUGAGCCAGUCCUUCUCUCAACAUGCUUCCCGGCUUCUCGCUCUGCCCCAAGAACUCACUGUGGAGACCCAGCUCAAGGCCAGCACACACGUCUUGGAUUUCUGUCUGGACAAGCUGGAAGUUUGCCUACAUCACAUCCAGCUUUCAAAGCCGGAGCGCCUGCGCGACGAGGAGAUCGAUCACCUGGAGCGGCAGCUGCAGAGUCAGGUCGUGGGUCCGGCCCCUCAGCCGCCCACCGGCACACAGGAAGAGUUGCCCGUCCCCGACAACUUUUUUAAGUUUCAGAAUCGAGUGUUUGAAGACCGAAUGCUGACUGCGGCAGAUGUUCAAAGCUUUUCCAACGGAGUAGGCCGCCAGUGGAAGCAUGUCGGGAGGGCACUGGGGAAAAGCUGCCGUGCUCUGAAGGGCCCAGCCAUAGAUAACCUGGCCUACGAGUACGAGAGGGAAGGGCUGUAUGAGCAAGCCUAUCAGCUCAUCAGCCGCUUCAUCCAGGCAGAGGGAAGGGCGGCCAAGCUGAGCCGACUGGUCAGAGCUUGCGAGGACAGCAAACUCACCAGCCUGGCUGAGCAUAUUCUGGACAUACAUCCCUGAGAGUAACUCUGAAAACGUCCCAAAAACUGAGAGGACGGGUCCUCCGUGCAGGCGGUGUGGGGACAUUGUCCUGCUGGUUUUUAAAUACUGCGUGAUUGUUUCUUGCUUUAUGUCUGUCUUCCUCACGUUUAAGUUUUAUUCCUACAUGUGUGUGUGUGUGUGGGUGUGAGAGAGUUUGUGUGAAUGUUUCACAUAAGUUUUGUGAACAAAUUCCAACAUCUGAAACAGCUGGGUGAUUCAUAUCAGGAUUUGUUUAUCGGUUAUUAGUAUUAUUGAUAGUUGUUUCCAUUUAUAUGAAAUAAUCCGUCAUCACUGUUAGAAUAACAUGCAAUUUAAUGCACUGUUUAAACUUUUCAUCAUGUGUCUCCCUUAUUUCUGCUUUACAAGUCAAUUUACAGAUGAAUACCUGUUGGGUUAUUGAUUUAUUUUUUUUUUUUUCCUAUAAAUGGGUGCUUGCAAAUUAAAUGGCUGUGAAAAAAGG